CAAGAUAGCAAGAUGAAGAAGCAAAUAAUAUGUUUCUUGUUCCUCUCUUUGUUUAUUGCUUCAUCUUAUGCUCAACUCAAACAAAAUUUCUAUCAAAAUACUUGUCCAAAUGUCGAAUCCAUCGUCAAAGCAGCCGUCACAAAAAAAUUUCAGCAGACUUUCGUGACGGUUCCAGGCACUCUUCGCCUCUUCUUCCAUGAUUGUUUUGUUCGGGGAUGUGAUGCUUCGGUUCUUCUUGCUAAUGCGAACGCCGAGAAGGACCAUCCUGACGACAUAUCACUCGCUGGAGAUGGAUUUGACACCGUCAUCAAAGCGAAAGCCGCUCUAGAUAGCAAUCCAAGUUGCCGGAACAAAGUUUCUUGUGCAGAUAUAUUGGCUCUUGCCACUAGAGAUGUCAUUGUUUUGUCAGGUGGACCAUCAUACAGUGUAGAGUUGGGAAGAAGAGAUGGAAGAAUUUCUACAAAGGCAAGUGUGCAGAAUAAUCUUCCACAUCCAGAUUUUAAACUGGACCAACUUAAUACCAUGUUUGCAAAGCAUGGGUUAUCUCAAACCGAUAUGAUUGCACUUUCAGGUGCACAUACGCUUGGAUUCUCUCACUGUGGCAAAUUCUCGUCGCGUAUAUAUUCGAAGAAUGGAAUAGACCCAACCCUAAACCGCCAAUAUGCCCUUCAGCUAAGGCAGAUGUGCCCCAUAAAUGUUGACCCCCGUAUCGCGAUCAACAUGGACCCCACCACCCCUCGAACUUUCGACAAUGCAUAUUAUAAGAACCUUCAACAAGGAAAGGGUUUGUUUGUCUCUGACCAAAUCUUGUUUACCGACAACCGGUCAAAGCCAACGGUCAACCUAUUUGCGUCUAGCAACACCGCCUUUAACCAAGCUUUCGUGACCGCCAUUACCAAGCUUGGGCGAGUUGGGGUCUUGACCGGUAACCAGGGUGAGAUCAGACGUGAUUGCACACUCGCAAACUGAAAGAACGAAACGAUGAAACUCGUCUCGUAUAAUUAUUUAUUCAAUUCCAAAUUGUAAAUUUGAUUUUUGAAUAAGUAGCUAAAACUGUUCACAUGCAUGUUAAUCAUGUUGGUUUGGUUUUGCUCGUAUCUUACUUGUUCUUGAUGUUGAAAUGACUAAAUGAUCAUUUAAGUUAUCCGUGAAUAAUAUUUGUUUGUUACAUAAAGUUUUAUUUGAAA